UGACAGGAAAUGUCAAACGUAUUAUUCAUGGCGUAAAUUUGUAUUUUGUAAAUAAAUAAAAUAUUUAUAAAAUAUUUCAACAAUGUCCGACGAAUACGAUUGUGUUUCAACAAAAAAACUAAAACUCAAAAUCGACGAUAGCUCCUCGAAGAAGAAAAAGAAAAAAAGCAAAGAAAAGAAAAAACUCCAACAAGCUGUAGCUGCUGCUGAAGCAGCAGCUUUGUAUGUUGAAGAAACAACAAAGAAACCAGCAGAAAGAAAACUAACAAAAGCUGAACAAUCAUUUAAACAAAUGCAAGAGAAAAUGCAAACCAAAAGAAUCACAGAAAAAGCAUCAUUGACCCACAAACAACGCGUCGAGAAGUUUAAUGAACACUUGGAUUCACUCACUGAACAUUUCGAUAUUCCCAAGGUUUCUUGGACGAAAUAAAGACGGAAGCAACAACUGCAUUGCAACUAUAGGCUUAUUCUUAUACUGGAGUUUAAAUUGUCAAUAAAGAUUGAAAUAAAUUUGAAAUUGGUGUUGGAAA